UAAACAAAAUAAUCAUGUCGGUUUCCUGUUGUGAGAAAUUGUAUGCGUGCGUGCGUUCAUAAUGUUCUGUCAUAAUUUCACAUGAUUGUAUGUAACGAAUACGCAGUAAUUACAGUUUUAAUUAUCCUACGUAUUGAUCUCUGACAUCGAUAAACAUAUACAUACACAUAUGUGGAUAGUAAUGUGAUUGGAAUGGAUAAUAAAUAAGCACGAACAGACUAUGGCACCUAACCAACGUCAACGACAGCUGGUUUUGUCGAAGAAAGAAUUGAAAAAGAUCAAUGACCGGAGAUCCUCAAAAUCAGAGGAGUCUUCCGAUGUAGGAUUCUAUUAUCCUAGCUAUGACACAGCUUUUAAAUUAUUACUAUCGGCAAGAUUUUGUUCCGCUGUGUGGUGUCACAUAACGGAUUGUGAUGAAACAUAUAAUUACUGGGAACCAAGUCAUUACUUGCUUUAUGGAACAGGUCAACAAACAUGGGAAUACAGUCCUGAAUAUGCCUUACGGUCAUAUAUGUACUUAUUAAUUCACAUGGUACCAGCAAAAGUUUAUCAUUAUCUAUUGGAACCAAAUCCUACAUCGGUUUUCUAUUUCACACGAUGCUUCUUGUCUAUGGGUUGUACAUUGUCUGAACUAUAUUUUUACAAGUAUAUCUGUAGUGAAUUUGGGAUCCACAUAGCGAGGCUCACACUAGCAUUCCUUAUGUUUAGCUCUGGAAUGUACAUUUCAAGUGCUGCAUUUUUACCAUCCUCUUUCUCAAUGUAUCUAAGUACUUUUGCUACAGCAGCUUGGUAUGCUCGUCAAUAUGAAUUGGCAAUCUUUGCUACUGCUAUUUCAUCAUUACUUGGAUGGCCAUUUGCUUCGUUGCUCGGACUUCCUAUUGCCGCUGAGAUGUUAAUACAAAACCGAGACUGGAUUAAAUUUAUAAAAUGGGUCAUUAUAUCCGCCAUUGUAAUUACAAUACCAAUGGUAUGGGUAGAUUCUGUAUACUUCGGCAAACUUGUCAUCGCACCAUUGAAUAUCAUAUUGUACAAUGUUUUCACCAGCCACGGACCUAAUCUUUAUGGCACUGAACCAUUCAGUUAUUACAUUGUCAAUGGAUUCCUGAAUUUCAAUUUCGUUUUUAUCGGCGCAUUGUUCGCACCUUUAGUUCUGGUUUUAGCAUGGUUGAUCUUACCAGUACAUUCAGGACGUUCACGUUUAUGUCGUUCUUAUUGGUAUUCAUUAGCUCCUUUAUAUCUAUGGAUUCUCGUAUUCUUUCUCCAACCGCAUAAAGAAGAACGGUUCUUGUUUCCAAUAUAUCCCAUGAUUUGUUUGGGAGGUGCUAUAGCGGUGGAUACUGUACAGAAAUUAUAUUUUUAUAUUAGAACAAAACUCAGUCCAUCGCACAUCGAUCUUUACUAUGUACAUUAUACUGCGCACAUCACUGUUCUAGCGAUACUAAUGUGUGGUAUCUUAGGACUGUCAAGAUCGUUGGCAAUAUAUAAGGGAUAUUAUGCUCCCAUGGAAAUUAUGACUGAAGUUAAUAAACUUGGAACAGAAGGUGAUAUACCUAAUGACAUUAACAUAAACUUUUGUAUUGGAAAAGAGUGGCAUCGUUUUCCUAGUAGUUUUUUCUUUCCGUCCAACAAUUGGAAAUUGCAAUACUUGAGAUCUGAAUUUAAAGGACAAUUACCUCAAUCAUUCUUAGAUCAUGAAAAUGCAACAAAUGUAAUACAACCAUAUUUUAAUGAUAUGAAUAAAGAAGAACCAUCACGCUAUUUUAAUUUAGAUAAAUGCCAUUUUCUAUUAGAUUUGGAUAUAGGAACUGAAACAACUUUAGAACCAAAUUAUUCUCGCCUAAGUAAUUAUUUUACUGUUGUAAAAUCUUCUAAAUUCCUAGAUGCAUCAAAAUCCCAUCCAUUCUUCAGAGCCUUUUACAUUCCAUUUAUAUCUUAUCAAUUUUGUACAUACGGUUCAUACAAUUUAUUACAAAAUAAUAAGUUAAAAUCCAUGUUUUCAUCAUCAAAACAAAGAAAUUUUAAGCUUUCUUAACCAAAGGAUAGAAUUUUGGCGCAUGCACACACACACAACACACAACAUACACACACACACACAAAAUUUGUAAAAUUAUUAAUAAGUGAUUACGCUACAUAAACUUGGCAACAAGAGACUUGUAUCUCUUAAUAAAACAAUUGACCUAAGGAGUUAUCCUAUUUUGAUUAGAUUGAAAAGUGGAAUUCCUUCAAACUUAGAUUGCGGGAGAAAUAUAAACACGAUCCACUUUCAAUUUAAUAUUUUAUUGUAUCUAUCUUUAUUUAUUGUUGUAAAUUUUAUUAAAAAUAUUAAUCUUGCGAAGAUACAAUCCGCUUGACACGUGAUUUUGCAUGUGCCGGAAUGACAUGUAUCGUUUGUACAAAAGAUUUAUUAUCAAUAACGCGUUAAAUUAUGUGAAUUGUUAUACAAUUACUUUGAAAAAAUAAAAUUCAAAUGAUAAUAACUUGA